UCAAUAACGACCCAUUAGGCCUAAUGAUUGAGAAUCGAUCAGGCGUUAACUCCUCCAUGCAUAUGUUAAUGUGGUGCCGGGACGGGCUUAUAUAUAUGCAUGCCGCUUCUGGAGGCCUAGCAGACAGUCUUGGAUUUUACUGGGAUAGAUUGACUUCCUCAGACAGACAGACAGCAAUCAUGCUCAAGAAGUUUUCUGUGGACUGGCUCGCCCAAAGCUUUCACGAUUCGGCGCAUCUGGAGGUUCUGGAGCCGGAGAAGACGACGCACAGGCCGCACGUGCCGUGUCUGGUUCAACCGAGACCUCCAACAUCCUACGACAAGGUUUAUCUGCAGCCAAAACCAAAGGUUACCAAAGUUGAACAGAAUCCAGAGACCAUUAAGGAGAAUGAGGUCAUGACUCCAAGACACUGCUCAUCUCCAAGCUUUUCAGAAAACAGCGGCUAUUCGUCCGGUUAUGAAAGCGAAGCGGCCGCGUCUGAAUGUGCGUCGCGCAGAAUCAGAACCAAGUUCACUCCGGAGCAGAUCGACAAACUGGAGAAAAUCUUCAGCAAGCACAAAUACUUGGACGCGGGAGAAAGAGUGAAAACAGCGUUGAAACUCAAUCUGUCAGAAACUCAGGUCAGAACGUGGUUCCAGAACCGCAGGAUGAAGCUGAAGCGGGAAGUUCAGGAGAUGCGCGCUGACUAUCUUCUACCUCAGAUGGUGCUUCCGGUUCAGUACCACUUCUACGACAGACAGCGACUUCCGUUUCCGCCUCACGGCGCGCUGAUGCAUCAGAUGAUGCCGCACGUUCCUCAUCAUCACCUCAUGAUGCCGAGGCAACAUUUCUACUGAAGACAGACACCUUCCUUUAUAAAACACUUAUAUAUCACA